AUGGAGAAAAUACACGCUGAAACCUUUUGGGAUUUCAAAGGAGAAGAAUACAGCGAUAAUAAGUUUCUAAUGGCCACCCCGUACCCAGUAGCGGCAAUAUUAGUGGUGUACCUCUGGUUUGUCCUGAAAUUUGGUCCACAAUACAUGAAGGACAGACAGCCGUACAACUUGAAGGCCUGGCUACUAUUCUACAAUGCAGCUCAAGUCGUCAUUUCUGUGAUUAUCUUCAGUUUGGGUAUUCGAUACAUAUGGCGAUAUGGUUUAUGGCAUUCAACUUGCUACUGUGAAAGGGAUGACCUUCGAGAACAGCUUCUGGACGGCAGUCACUACUACUUCCUGACGAAGGUAGUAGAACUAACAGACACAAUUUGCUUCGUUCUACGCAAACGACAGAGGCAGGUGACCUUCCUCCACGUCUACCAUCAUUCUAUAAUGGUGAUGGCUACCUGGGCCAUCGUCAAGUACUCCAGAACUGACAACACAGUGUUCCUAGGAAUGAUAAACUCACUAGUUCAUGUGAUCAUGUAUGCCUACUAUGGUCUUUCGGUCUUCCCGGAGCUCCACAGAUUCUUGUGGUGGAAAAAGUAUAUCACACAGAUGCAGUUGGUGCAGUUUUCUCUCAUGUUCCUCCACAUCGUAGUCGGCCACAUGAUUUCGGAGUGCCGUCCCGCCUAUUUCCUCCUAGCCUCCGUAUGCUUCAACACUGUCCUCUUCAUGUACCUCUUUGGAGAUUUCUACAUAAAAUCCUACGUCACAAAAUACACCAAUUUGGGCAUAGUAAAUGCUGGUAAAAAGAUUGGCUCCAACAUCGGCAGUAAGAACGGCAUUAAGUACAUAGUGGACCAACAUAUUUUAGCUAGUAAAAUUCAUUAA